UUUCUAGCAUUUUAUUUCUUCAAUUGGGAUUCAUAGAGAGAGAGAGAGAGAGAGAGAGAUGGGGAGAGGGAAAGUACAGCUUCGGAGGAUAGAGAACAAGAUCAACAGGCAAGUAACUUUCUCAAAGAGGAGAGGUGGAUUGCUGAAGAAGGCGCACGAGAUCUCUGUGCUCUGCGAUGCAGAAGUCGCCUUGAUUGUUUUCUCCCACAAAGGAAAGCUCUUUGAGUAUUCCACUGAUUCUUGCAGCAUGGACAGGAUACUGGAGAAGUAUGAGAGAUACUCAUUUGCGGAAAGACAGCUAGUCUCCAACGAGCCUCAGUCACCUGCUAAUUGGAACCUAGAACACAGCAAACUCAAGGCGAGAAUUGAACUCUUGCAGAGGAAUCAUAGGCACUACAUGGGGGAAGAUCUUGACUCAAUGAACCUCAAAGAUAUUCAAAAUCUAGAGCAACAGCUGGAAACUGCCCUCAAGAAUAUCAGAUCCAGAAAAAAUCAACUUUUGUUCGAUUCCAUCUCCGACUUGCAGCAGAAGGAAAAAGCAAUACAAGAGCAGAAUACCAUGCUUACAAAACAGAUCAAGGAGAAAGAACAGGACAUGGCCCAGCAGCCAUGGGAUCAGCAACAUCACAACCACCGACCACCACCACCACCGCAGCAGCCACCCUUCAUCAUGGCACCUCAAUUUCCUGGCUUGAACAUGGGAGGUGUGUACAACGAAGGAGAAGCAAUGGAGGCUAGAAGGAAUGAGCUAGAUCUCACACUUGAUUCCUUCUACUCAUGCAACCUUGGAUGCUUUGCUGCUUAAAUAAUCCACCUGCUCUUUAAUUAGGGAACUAAUAAGGUUUCUGGUUUUUGUGUUAAUCACUGUUCAUGCUUCUAUUUGGUCAUCAUACUAAGACCCUGCAGGAGUAUGCUUAAACCAUUCCGACGAUCGUGUGUAAUUUUAAUUUCUGCUGCACUUAUAUAUUGUAUGAUGUUAUCACUUUGAAAAACAUUUUCCUGACUUCUGUAAAAUUAUUUAAAACAUGCUUUUAUUGAUAAUGUUUAUGCUAUCUGCCAAAUAUAAAUCCCCAA